GCCUUGAGUUUAGUUUUCGAUGCCAUCCAAAUUCUAGUCGUUUAUUCAAAUCGUUCCAAAAGCGUAGAGCAUUAAUCUCCAAAUUUAAAGGUCACUCGAUUGCAACGGAUCCUGCAUCCAAAGUCCCACUUCCAGUAUGUGCAUGCCGUAUCUGAAUAAGCUCUUGGGUGGCGGAGAUCGCCGGCAGCGUCGCACCCGUGAUGGAGGCAUUACCCCGCUGCCCAGCUUGGCCAAUGUGACCCAGGUCUCCAUGGACACCGUCAAGUCCGCCAAGUCAGCGAAGUCAGGGAAGUCGGCAAAGUCCGGCAAGUCCGCCAGUCGCCGCAGUACCAAUGCCAAUGUUAAUCCCUCUGAGUCCAGUGUCAGCAGCAUUGAGGAUAAUACGGAGCAGCCUCUGGCUACCGCCUCCCGAGGAGCUGUGCGCAACACUUCCGCCUCGGUGGCCACCAGUGCUGCUCCAGCAGACGAAGCGAGAGCACGACGUUCCUGGUGGGGUUAUUUUGGCAUGAGCAAAACCAAGAAGUCCAGCAUGGAGUCGCUGUAGGAUUCCAAAGAUCGGGAUUGAAGCGAAUUGCCACCAAUGGGAAAUACAUUCAAUGGGUACGAAUGGUCAUCGAAUUCGGGUUGGAGUCUCUUAUGAACUAAUCAAAAAUCUAUUGCUUAUUCGGUUUCAAGAUAAAAGUUGAAUUAAAAUUUUUAUUUUCGAA